AUGGUGUACAAUUCGUUGACUGAGGCUCCUCGCAACCUCAAGGAGGGCAUUGACUGGUUUAUGGCACUGAGGGGAACUGAUGCUGAAAAGAACUAUAGGGCGAUGGGUGCCGCACUUUACGAUUUUUUCGAAGACAAGCCGGUUGGAAAGAUGGAGCUGCCAGCUCUCGAGAAAAUAAAAAGCAUUUCUAAAGAGUUCAUGGAGCAACCGGAGCUUAAGGACCGGUCAUACGUAAAAGACCUGCUGGGAAGGUACACAAAGCCUAUGACCAGAAUAUGGUACCCAAUUGUUCGCAGCCAUGUUAAAACCGUCAAAAGCAAUUAUAGGAACUUCGUGAAGUACAAGCGCCUAACACCUGAAGACAUGGCAGCCAGGGUAUCCCGUGUUGGGUCUAGUUGUGAGGGCUUUCUGAAGGGUAUCAAAGCCCCCGACCUGUAUAAGUCUGCUUACAGCUCAGAAGCUUCGUGGGAGGCAUCAUGCGCAAAGGACCCGGAAGCCUGCGCAAUUGUUCUCGUAGGGAUUGCGCCGAUGCUGCACACGGGCAUAACAUCUUUGUGGGAUGCCAGCAAUCCUCCGCUCUUUGGAUGUGGAACCCAUAAAGUGGAAGAGCAGUUGAGAAAGGUAUUAAAAGCCCUGGGUUACGUAGAGUCAGAGUGCUGCACAAGCCUGAGCCGUUUUAAUGUCCGCCAGGCGUUGCUAAAUAUGCAUCAUUAUGUGUUGGAUACAAUCUACGACUUCGCUGCAUAUUGGGCUUUCUAUUGA